GUUAACUUGUGCAUCGAACUGCUAAAAUGUCGAGGAGUUUAGUUAUCUUUAAUAAUUAACUUUUAGUACAAAUAUCAAAAAAUAUCUUGAUAUUAUGUGUGUUCGUCACUGUAGCCAUCACAUCAACGUAUUUCAUUUGUCCAACAUUAUAAUAGGCAAUUUAAAAAACAUGUCUUGUCCAUUUUUGACACAAUUUUCUACAAAUUAUAUUUGCAAUUAUGGAACAUCAUUAAUAAUGAAUUAUCGUCAGCUUUGCCCAGUAAUGUCUCAAUUUUUUUCACAAUCUAGCAAUCAGGUAAAUAAUGCUGAGACUCAACAAAUUGAAGAAGUCAUAAACAAUCAAUGUCCAUUCCUUGCUAAGAAACAUAAUGCUGUGAAAGUAGCUAGUCCUAUGAUUAAGGAGGAUAUCAUCAGUGUAUCAUCCAUAGAUUUAAAAGAAAAAACAAAUUUUCCAUAUGAAGAAUUUUUUCAUGAACAGAUUAUGAAAAAGAAAAAGGACCAUUCUUAUAGGAUAUUUAAAAAAGUAAAUCGAUUAGCAGAAAGCUUCCCAAGUGCAAUAGAAUAUUCUUGGGGGCAAAAACCAAUCACUGUUUGGUGUUCUAAUGAUUAUUUAGGAAUGUCACGACAUCCAGCAGUAACAGAUUCUGUUCGAGAAGCAUUAGAUAAAUUUGGUGCAGGAGCAGGAGGAACAAGAAACAUAUCUGGAAAUUCUUUAGGACAUGAAAUGUUAGAGAAAAGACUUGCCUUUUUGCAUCAAAAAGAAGCUGGCUUACUAUUUACUUCUUGUUUUAUUGCUAAUGAUUCUACUUUAUAUACUUUAGCAAAACUUUUACCAUGUUGUCAUAUUUUCUCUGAUGCUGGAAAUCAUGCAUCCAUGAUCCAAGGCAUAAGAAACAGUGGAGUACCAAAGCAUAUUUUUAGGCACAAUGAUGUACAACAUCUUGAAGAACUUCUUUCUAAAGUAGAUAAAAGUGUGCCAAAGAUUGUAGCAUUUGAAACAGUGCAUUCUAUGACAGGUGAUAUAUGUCCUUUAGAAGAUUUAUGUGACAUUGCACAUAAGUAUAAUGCCUUAACAUUUGUCGAUGAAGUUCAUGCUGUUGGAUUAUAUGGAUAUUCAGGUGCUGGUAUUGGAGAGAGAGAUUGGGUAUUGCAUAAAAUGGAUAUUAUAUCUGGCACUUUAGGAAAAGCUUUUGGCAAUGUUGGUGGCUAUAUUGUUGGAUCUGCUAAACUAAUAGAUUUAAUACGAAGUUAUGCAGCAGGUUUUAUUUUCACAACUUCAUUACCACCAACAGUAUUAUAUGGUGCUUUAACUGCUGUUGAAAUUUUAGCCUCGGAUGAGGGAAGAUCAUUAAGAUCUAGUCUCCACAAAAAUGUAGCUUACAUGAAAUCUAUUUUAACCACUGCAGGUCUUCCAUUAGAACAAUCACCUUCUCACAUUAUACCGAUUAAAAUCGGUGAUCCAUUAUUAUGUAGUCAAUUAGCUGAUUUAUUAAUAAAAGAAAAGGGGCAUUAUGUUCAAGCAAUAAAUUAUCCAACUGUCCCAAAGGGUGAGGAAAAAUUAAGGUUAGCUCCAACUCCAAGACAUACUCAAUUUAUGAUGGAUCAAUUUGUGAAAGACAUAUUACAUGUAUUCCAUCGGUUGAAUAUACCAACAUGCAAUUAA